GUGCGUGGCGUGGAGUCCAGAAUGAGAAGAAGGAAAGCGGGUCCGGUUCCUUCAGGACCCGCUUCAGGGGGCGCCACGGCGGCUUGGGGACCACUUGGAGCCCCGUCCUGGGGAGAAAACAGCUCACGUCUAUGGCCCUGACUGCUUAUGCGGGAGCUGCGUGCAGCUCAGCUUCUCCGGGGCAUUUUUUUCUACACGGUUAUCGGUCUGUCACCCAGGCUGGAGUUCAGCAGUGCGAUCUUGGCUCAUUGCAGCCUUGAACCUCCCGGGCUCAAGUGAUCCUCCCUCCUCAACCUCCCAAGUAGCUGGGACUAUAGCUGGGUGAGCUAUGAACAGGCCAACUGAAAGGGCGAGCAGUUUGUGUUUGAGAAGGGCGAGUACGCCCACUGGGACUGGUGGACCAGCAGCCAGAGGACAGAUUCAGCAGCCUGAGGCCCAUCAAGGACAGCCAAGAGCACAAGAUCAUCCUCUAUGAAAACCCCAACUUCACCAGGAAGAAGAUGGAAAUCAUAGAUGAUGAUGUACCCAGCUUCCACGCCCAUGGCUACCAGGAGAAGGUGUCAUCUGUGCGGGUGCAGAGUGGCACGUGGGUUGGCUACCAGUACCCUGGCUACCGUGGGCUGCAGUACCUGCUGGAGAAGGGAGACUACAAGGACAGCAGCGACUUUGGGGCCCGUCACCCUCAGAUGAGGUCGCUGGGAGCUCAGGGAAGUGCAGUGCUUUGUCCAGGGUCACGUGGCUGAAGAGUGGGGGAGCUGACACUUGAAGCCAAGACUGGCUGACUUUCAAGCCCACAUGCCUCUGUCAGUUAAGUGUGGUGAUGGUAAUGCUGUGUAACAAACAAUCCCCCAAAUCUCUGUGCUGUAGGACAGUAAGUGUUGAUUUAGCUCGCAUGUCUAAUGCGGGUUGGCUGAGCCAGGCUGGGCUCAGCUGGGCAGCUGUGUGCUUAUCCAUGUGUCUCUCAUCCUGUCCUGGGAUCAGUGGACUAGCCUUGGCAUAUUCCCCUCCUGCUCAUGGCAGGAGUGCAAGGGGGUGAGCAGAAACACACAAAGUCUCUUGAGGCCUAGACUCAGGACCACACAGAGUCACUCCUGCCUCAUUCUAUUGACCCUAGCAAGUCACAGGGCCAAACCCAGUGUCAAUAGGUGGGAAAUGGUACUCUGUUCUUUUAAUGGGAGGAACUGCAAAGUCGCUUGGCAAGGGUGAGAAUACAAAGAAGGGUAAAGAAUUGGAGGCAAGUUUUGCAUUAUAUCAUAUUGUCUGUGCUGGUUUAAAAUAUGUUCACACAGUCUUUGAUAAUUCCUUCAAAAGAUGGAGCCUAAUUCUACAUCUCUUGAGUGUGGGCUAGCCUUACUGACUCCCUUUUAAUGAAUAGAACAAAGUGGAAGUGAUGGUGUGCAACUUCCAAGGCAAGGUCAUAAAAGACAUUGUGGCUCCCUCCUUGCUCUCUUGAGGAUCACCCACUCUAGGGAAGCCAGCUGCCAUGUCGUGGGGAUACUCAAGCAGCCCAGUGGAGAGACCCAUGUGGUGAGGACCUGUGAUCUCCAGCCAGCAGCUGUGUGAGUGGCCUGUCUUGGAAGCAGCUCGUCCAGCCCCAGUUCAGUCUUCAGAUGAGACUGCAGCUGCAGCUGACAUCCUGACUGCAACCUGAUGAGAGACCCAGAGUCAGAACUGCUCAGACUAAAGUUGCUCCUGAAUUUCUGACCCGCAGGAACUGUGAGACAACAACUGUUUAUUGUUUUAAGUUGCCAAGUUCUGGGGUAAAUUUGCUUGCAGCAAUAGAUACGAAUGCUGUGUCUAAAUAUUCUGCCAACUCACUGCUGCCAUAGCAAGGCAUCAUAACAAGCGAGGCUUGGAUGGAAGCAGCUUUGUCUUCUCCCCAGAGAACCAGCAAAAUCCCAACAAUUUACCAAGAUUAGAGAACCAAAAAUACCCAUGGAAACUAUAGUUGUUAAGAAACAUCUGUUUUUGAGCUGUCUAAAUUGGGUAGUUCUCAAAAGGAAUAAAAAUGUAUCAGAGGAUGGGGACAGCUGGGUGGGGACUGAUGCCAACUGCCUGGCAGGCUCAGCUGGUCACUCGGGUUCCUUCUCAGAGCUGAGGCAGGGAGAAAGAUCCAAAUAAAGAUCUGAUGGGGCAGAUUAGACAGAGCUGCCUGUAGCAAGGCACUGAGGGCUGUGUCCAGCUGCAGGGGCAGUACUUAAGCUUACUGCACCCCUACUAUGUGCCAGGUGCAGGGUGGGCACCUGCAUGUGAGGACCAGGGAUUGGGGUGUUGGAAGAUUUUGGCUUUUGGCCAGGACUAAAGGGUGAGAGGUAGUAUGGAGAAGGAAUUAAGGCCCUGUGGAGAGGCCUGGGCUUAAAUCCUGGCAUUGAUGUUUACCAGCUCUGAGGCUUGUACGUGGCCAAUCACUUAAACACUCUGGGCCAGUUUCCUCAACUGUAAAACGGGCAUAGUCACAGUGCCUACUUGAUCCAUCCUUGUGGUCCUCUCAGGCUUGCUUUGCAGGACUCCUGGACUCCUCAGGUUUUAUCAAUCCUGGUGCCCUUCCAUUGGAUCACAUCCCUGGAUCACAGUGAUGGGUUCAGGAAUAGACACAUGACCCAAGGGAGGCCAAUCAGAUGGAGUCUUGCUCUGUCGCCAGGCUGGAGUGCAGUGGCGCGAUCUCUGCUCACUGUAACCUCUGCCUCCUGGGUUCAAGUGAUUCUCCUGCCUCAGCCUCCCAAGCAGGUGGGACUACAGGUGUUGGAGUGUGGAUAUGAGUCAUGGAACUCUGGGGCUAUGUUGCUGCCAGUGACUGGAAUGCUUGUGGAUACAUUUUUGGGCUCAGGGACUCUGGAAGUCUUUGAUCAUGGGCCAUGUAUCCGGAGUGUGAUGCAGAAGUACCUUGCAGAGAGAAAUGAAAUAACCUUUGACAAGAUUUUCAAUCAGAAAAUUGGUUUCUUGCUAUUUAAAGAUUUUUGUUUGAAUGAAAUUAAUGAAGCUGUACCUCAGGUGAAGUUUUAUGAAGAGAUAAAGGAAUAUGAAAAACUUGAUAAUGAGGAAGACCGCCUUUGCAGAAGUCGACAAAUUUAUGAUGCCUACAUCAUGAAGGAACUUCUUUCCUGUUCACAUCCUUUCUCAAAGCAAGCUGUAGAACACGUACAAAGUCAUUUAUCCAAGAAACAAGUGACAUCAACUCUUUUUCAGCCAUACAUAGAAGAAAUUUGUGAAAGCCUUCGAGGUGACAUUUUUCAAAAAUUUAUGGAAAGUGACAAGUUCACUAGAUUUUGUCAGUGGAAAAACGUUGAAUUAAAUAUCCAUUUGACCAUGAAUGAGUUCAGUGUGCAUAGGAUUAUUGGACGAGGAGGAUUCGGGGAAGUUUAUGGUUGCAGGAAAGCAGACACUGGAAAAAUGUAUGCAAUGAAAUGCUUAGAUAAGAAGAGGAUCAAAAUGAAACAAGGAGAAACAUUAGCCUUAAAUGAAAGAAUCAUGUUGUCUCUUGUCAGCACAGGAGACUGUCCUUUCAUUGUAUGUAUGACCUAUGCCUUCCAUACCCCAGAUAAACUCUGCUUCAUCCUGGAUCUGAUGAACGGGGGCGAUUUGCACUACCACCUUUCACAACACGGUGUGUUCUCUGAGAAGGAGAUGCGGUUUUAUGCCACUGAAAUCAUUCUGGGUCUGGAACACAUGCACAAUCGGUUUGUUGUCUACAGAGAUUUGAAGCCAGCAAAUAUUCUCUUGGAUGAACAUGGACACGCAAGAAUAUCAGAUCUUGGUCUUGCCUGCGAUUUUUCCAAAAAGAAGCCUCAUGCGAGUGUUGGCACCCAUGGGUACAUGGCUCCCGAGGUGCUGCAGAAGGGGACGGCCUAUGACAGCAGUGCCGACUGGUUCUCCCUGGGCUGCAUGCUUUUCAAACUUCUGAGAGGUCACAGCCCUUUCAGACAACAUAAAACCAAAGACAAGCAUGAAAUUGACCGAAUGACACUCACCGUGAAUGUGGAACUUCCAGACACCUUCUCUCCUGAACUGAAGUCCCUUUUGGAGGGCUUGCUUCAGCGAGACGUUAGCAAGCGGCUGGGCUGUCACGGAGGCGGCUCACAGGAAGUAAAAGAGCACAGCUUUUUCAAAGGUGUUGACUGGCAGCAUGUCUACUUACAAAAGUACCCACCACCCUUGAUUCCCCCCCGGGGAGAAGUCAAUGCUGCUGAUGCCUUUGAUAUUGGCUCAUUUGAUGAAGAGGAUACCAAAGGGAUUAAGCUACUUGAUUGCGACCAAGAACUCUACAAGAACUUCCCUUUGGUCAUCUCUGAACGCUGGCAGCAAGAAGUAACGGAAACAGUUUAUGAAGCAGUAAAUGCAGACACGGAUAAAAUUGAGGCCAGGAAGAGAGCUAAAAAUAAGCAACUUGGCCACGAAGAAGAUUACGCUCUGGGGAAGGACUGUAUUAUGCACGGGUACAUGCUGAAACUGGGAAACCCAUUUCUGACUCAGUGGCAGCGUCGCUAUUUUUACCUCUUUCCAAAUAGACUUGAAUGGAGAGGAGAGGGAGAGUCCCGGCAAAAUUUACUGACAAUGGAACAGAUUCUCUCUGUGGAAGAAACUCAAAUUAAAGACAAAAAAUGCAUUUUGUUCAGAAUAAAAGGAGGGAAGCAAUUUGUCUUGCAAUGUGAGAGUGAUCCAGAGUUUGUGCAGUGGAAGAAAGAGUUGAACGAAACCUUCAAGGAGGCCCAGCGGCUAUUGCGUCGUGCCCCGAAGUUCCUCAACAAACCUCGGUCGGGUACUGUGGAGCUCCCAAAGCCAUCCCUCUGUCACAGAAACAGCAACGGCCUCUAGCACCCAGGAACAGGGAGGGUCCUCGAGGAGGACACACCAGGGUCUCAGCCUUUUGGGGUGAACGAGGAUGAGGCAUCUGAUCUAUUCGCUACCGGGACUCCUCCAGGCUCCCGAGAGGAGUCGGGACCCUUCGGCUUGGGGUCAGCUCAGCUCCCUGCCUUGUCACAUUUGUCCGCAUUCGAAACUACUGAAGAAAUAAAAGUUCUUUUUCUUUGCUACACACUUUGGUACCUAUGAACCUAGAACUUGAAGUGACUCCUACUUAUCACGUAAAUUUUUAUGUCUGAUAUCAAACACAUCUUAGACUUUCCAGGAUGGAAUUUAAAGAUGUUCAGUGUUGGGUAACAGAUUGCCCUAAGCAUUGCCACAUACAUAUUCUGUCUAGUCACUGCUGAUUUUCUAUGUCUUUGCUCCAUACUGCUUGGGGAUGGGAGAGCCACAGUGUGUUUCUUUUGUGCACUUCGCAACUGACUUCUUGUCCUGGGUUAAAAGUUGAAGAUAUUUUCUGAUGAUGUUAAAAGUUGAAGAUAUUUCUGCACUUGGGCCCUCCUCUGGGAGCCGCACCCACAUGACUGCCCUGCCUCUGACCAGUCUGUUCCGGGGCCCCCUCAGCCAGGUGGGAAUGACGGACACGUACUCUCCAAGUGUAUGGGAUUAACUAAUCAUUGAAGGCAUUCAUCCGUCCAUCAUUGGAAAGAUUUACAGUGAUUCUGAAGGACAGGCCAUGGAGUUUUAGGUUUCAGGGGCAAGAGCAGUUUUCAAAAGUCUUUGAGUCCAGUGUGCGCGAGUCGACAAGCAGUACCUGGCAUGCAGGAGCACUCAUGGGUGAGUCCGUCUCGGGUCUCGACAAUUAGCAGUUGUGUGACAGUCAUUCUGGUUCCUUCUGCCUGACCCUGGGAGACAUAUCAGUAAUGGAUGUACAAAAGCAGGUCUGUUUUACGUCUUAGUAUAAUUUCACAUGAAUUGUAUUGAAAAAAUGCUGAGGAAUGAAUGUGUCAAAAUGGGUUAACUGUGUAUAUUGGCUUUCAUGUCGUCAUCCGUCUGUCAUGAAUGAAUGAUACUUUGCACUGGGCUGUACGACAGUGAGGACCUUAGGGCAUGAAGCCUUUUUCCUGGUCCCAGCAGCAUCUGCCCUGUGAAGUUUGUUUUCUCCCACUGCCUCCAGGCCCCACUGAUACCCCCAAAUAGAUGCUGGGUUAUGAGAACCAGCGAAGUCCCCCAUGUCAUCAGUCUUAAAAAAAUUUUUUUUACAAAUCCACGUAUUUGUCCCAUUCUUGGAGUAGUUUUAGUGUAUGUCUUUAAAUUAACUACUAACAGUAUAAAUAACUUGACAUCAUAAUUGUCUGCAUCCUGCCCUUGAUAUUUUUAGCAGUUCCAAAUCUUUGUUUUUGUAUUUGUUUGCUGUGUUCAUGGGCAAAGUAAGUACUUUUUAAUGCAGUUAUUUUGAGAGUUUGGAAGAUAAUUACCAAAAGGGUCCAUUAUUUCAUAAGAGUUACUUUGCAAAAAAAAAAAUGUGGGUUUUUUUUUUUUGUCUAUCUCGACUACUAGUUGGGGUUUAAAUUAACAUACAUUUUCUACUAUCUGUUAUUUCCAGUGUGGGAGGAGGGAUGUACUACUUACAUGCAUUCUCCUUAUUUAAAAAGGAAGAAUAGUAUUCAAAUUCUGUUUAAACACACACACACACACACACACACACACACACACACACACCAGAAGCAGAAAAGCCAUUGUUCUUAAAGAGUGAAUGUCUUCCCAGCCCUGGUUAAUUAUAGCUGUGACUGAUGCCGUUCCCGUCUGCAUCUCAAGCUCAUAGGUUCUCAGCAUGUGCAGUUGAGGAUGCGCUGGGCCUCAUGCCUGUUCUAGAUCUCCAGGAUAAAGGGCCUGCUGUUGACUCCACCAGGGUCUGGGCUUAGCGUCUAAUAUCUUGUACCUAGGGCGUGAGCUGCACAAACGUGUUCAGAAAGAUUAUUCAACUUUCCCAUACUUGUUCUAAAAUUGAGCUGAUCCGCAUCUCUUUCAAAAACUAGAAUUUCUGCUCUAAGAAUAGAACAUAAGGCUCCACUCCCUUUUAGAAAAGAUAUAUGAAUUGGAAAAUGCCCUGAAAGUCCUUUUGCUUCAAACGAAAGUGUAAACUUUUACACUUCCCCAACUCACAUUUGAUUUGUAAUGAUAUGGUUGAGAAGUACAUCUAGAUGUCAUUUAUUAAAAGUACUUUGUAAGACUAGAUUGAGCUGUUUCUGAGGGCGGUCACCAGUUGUGUUGGGGUCUGGUUUGAGUGCCUUCUGCCAAAAUGUUGUGAUGGAGGUGUUUCUGCGACCAGACACAGGACACCGCUGUGUCUGCACCCGGUUGCCUACAUGGCCAGAGGAAAAGUCAGUUGGAUUAAACAUCAUGGUAUACUUGGCUGUUGUUUUUUUCAAUUUUUUAUUUUUUUUGGGAUAGGGCCUUGCUCUGUCACCCAGGCUGGAGAACAGUGGGAUGAUCAUGGCUCACUGCAGCCUUGAAUUCCUAGGUUCAAGCAAUCCUCCCACGUCAGCCUCCUGAGUAGCUAGGACUACAGGUGCAUGCCACCUUUCCUGGCUAAUUUAUUUUUUGGGUAGAGAUGGGGUCUUGAACUCUUAGGCUCAAGUGAUACUCCUUCCUUGGCCUCCCAAAAUGCUGGAAUUAGAGAUGUGAGCCACCAUGCCCAGCCGUAGUACUUGGAUGUUUUAGAAGGUUUUCCAAGUAUUACAUAAUUCCUAGAUGUUCACCCUUAUUACACUCCAACUAUUAAAAAGGUCAAAAUUCAGCCUAUUUUUUUUUCAUUAGUUUAGAUUCCUGUGGUUGGGAUAUUUUAACAUUGAUGAGAAAAAUAAUUGAGGUUGAUAUUUUUACAAAAUCAUGCGGUAAUAAGUCUUGAUUUCAUGAUUCAAAAGAAUCAAUAAAGCCUAAAAAUAAUAGAUUACUUUAAGCUGCUAUGUAAGAUAUAUAUGGAAUAAGUUAAAAACCUUUGUGAAUUCAGGUUUAUUAUUUUUAACCUAAAACAUUCUCUUUGGCUCAUUCAUCCCCUCAUGUCAUGGGGGCUCAUUGGUUUUCCUUCUUUGUCAUAUUUAAGUAUGAUUUUUCAACAAAACUUCUAGAAGUCAGCUUAUUAUGUCACCAUUCAUGCAAAGUGCUCAUGCCUCUGAUUGGUCCAUUCACCUACGUGACAAUUUCAGGUCCUAUGUUUAAAAAGAAGGGGCUGGCCGGGCACGAUGGCUCACGCCUAUAAUCCCAGCACUUUGGGAGGUCGAGAGGGGCGGUUCACGAGGUCAGGAGAUUGAGACCAUCCUGGUUAGCACAGUGAAACCCCAUCUCUACUAAAAAUACAAAUAAAAAUUAGCCGGGUGUGGUGGCGGGCGCCUGUGGUCCCAGCUACUCGGGAGGCUGAGGCGGGAGAAUGGCGUGAACCCGGGAGGCAGAGCUUGCAGUGAGCCGAGAUUGCGCCACUGCACUCCAGCCUGGGCGACAGAGCAAGACUCCAUCUCAAAAAUAAAUAAAUAAAUAAAAAGUGGGGGGGGGGCUAAAUAUCCAGUGAGAUGCACUGAGGAAAGGAAGCAUUUUGCUUAAGACAGCAGCAGCAACAAACAAUGGUCUGUUUGUUGCAAACAAGAUGUAGCUUGAUUUCUGGUCUGACAUAUGCCAUAUACAGAUAUUAGAAACGACUGUUUGAAGGCCACACUGGUCAUCUACAAAGUAAUGUUUACCAAUUGACGACAGGGAUUUAACUAGAUUAAAAAGAUCAAAGUGUGGUUUUUCUCUGCUUUUUAAAAUUUCACUCGGAAUUUGUAGCUGGGCCAAUUCAACACAUUUUACUUUUCAGUGGAAUUGAUUUUUCUAAUGUUUCAGAAUUUUAACAUAUCAAGAAGAAAACAACGUUCUCAAAGUCUAGGCCUCUUUUGCAUGAUGUAAACCUAUAGAAAUGCUUUGAAAUGUGCUGGUGUAAGAUAAGGGUUAUCUUGUAUGAUUUAAUCAUAUGCAGUGUUGUCUCAGUUACGUUCAGGGAAAUGUUUCUGUGUCAUUCAGAGAUGCUUGAUGAAUUAACACUUCCCACCCUGAGUGAGAGGUUGACUUGUUGGGAGAUGAUUUGGGCUUCACUGGGAUCUGUGACAGGUGGGGGCUGGGCUAGGUGUCACAAAGAGAAUAGUGGUAGAAAUCAGGCGAAGGAAGAAAGAAGUUACUGGUAAAAAUCAUUAUACCAUAAAGCACCAAGGAAAUAACUGAGUUAAAAUAGGUGAAGUUUCUUUUUUCCCCCCUGUAACAGGAGAUUUUUCCUUAUGAUAAUUAUUCAGAGACCUGGUCACUUUGUUUUUGAAUGUGGAGCUGCUGAACUCAUUCAGAAGCCAUUUGCUGCCUAUCAGGACUUUCUGAAGAAGUUCUUUUGCCUCUGCCUACCCUCUGGCACCCUCCCGUGGGGGCACAGGGGACCCAGAGCUAAAGCAUUACUGGGCCAUCUCCACAACACCCCAUAUGUGUGUGUGUGUAUGUGUGUGUGUGUGUGUGUGUGCACUUUGCAGCCCCCGAGGUGGAGAGGCAGUGGCUGGAUCACUGUGAAUGCAUUGCCCCAUUGGUCAGUUGGGGACACUGUUACAAAUCCACUGAAGUCCUGGUAAAACUGUCAGAGUAACAGGCCUCUUCUGUUCUACCCUGCUCACUUCCACAGUGAGUUACCAGCCUGGGCAACACAGCAAGACCCCAUCUCUACAAAAAAAAUUUUUUAAGUAAUUAACAGUUUAAAUUUUUUCCUAAAGAUUUAACAUGAUUUUUCCCUCCUAUGUAAAGUUUACUGGAGAGACUUGAAUUACUUAAAUUCAUGUUAAUAUGAUUUUUUUAAAUCCAGGUCACAUUUUAACAAAGUUUAUUAUGAAACAAAUGAAAUUUGAACUCUAAAAUGGUACUCCUUGGCUUCCUCAAGUCACAAUGAACUUUAUAUUUUCUUUGUCCUUAAGGACUAAGAUAGUUGUUUUAUUUCAGCCGAAUCACAGAGAUGACCACUCCUGCAGGCCCCCACAGCUGGCCCAAAGGGGCUGUCUUUCUGCCCUAGCUGUGUUAGCACUGAUUGAGAAAUGCAGGCUCCCAAAUUUUAAAUUGCCUUUAUUAAAAACACAAACUACAGAAAAUGUGUUAAGAGUAUACGCAUUUCAUCAGACACAUAUAGGGGAAACAAUCCUUCAAUUUAGAAUUAAAUAACUUAGCUUUGUAUAGUAGAGUUAGCGCUCCAGUAUCUAACAAUCUCAAAAUCAUCUCUGAAAACUGGUAACUAUGCUUCCAUUUUUAAUUUUGUCCUAAAUAUCAGAUGUCUUUGAUGUAAGGGUAGGGAAUGGAGAAAUAUUUUCAAUUGUGUAUUUGUAUCACAAAGAACUUGAAAUUUACUUUCUUAGUUGAUUAUAUUAAAUGAUGUAUAUAUUAUAUGUGGUUUAUAAGCUCAACACUGGCCAUUUUUUUAGUUUUAUUGUUAAAUGGUAUUUUUCUAUGUUUAAUUAGAAUAGAUCUGGCUUUUUCUGGAUAGCAUAAAGAUCACUGAACUAUAUAUAUAUAAGAAACAAGAGUUCUAUUUUAGCACAAAGGCAUUUUAUAUUAUUUAUUGAAUCCAUAAGUUUGUUUUCGUCAAAAACAUUCCAUAUUAUUUCUGCUCCUUUUUAUUUGUAUAGUUUGUUAUUUAAAGAAAUGGCAGUCCUUCCUGUUCUUAAUACAAUAAAAUUGAAAUAAUGCACCUAG